CGAACGUCCCCUUCCGACGGGGCUUUUUUUUUUUUUGCGAUAAACUGAAGUUUUGGGAAGUUCUGUCAGUACAGCGCGCAGCGAGUCGGCAGCAUCACGCAGCAUCACGCAGCACACAACUUCCAGGGAGAGAGAAGAUGUCAGCUCAAGUCAUAAGUGGGAAAGAAGUGUCAGCGCAGGUGAGGGAGCGUCUGAAAAAGGAUGUGGAGAAGAUGAAGCUUCAGGAUCCCAACUUUAGCCCUGGCUUAGUGGUGUUACAGGUUGGAGACCGCGAUGAUUCAAAUCUGUACAUCAGCAUGAAGUUGAAAGCAGCAGCAGAGAUUGGAAUAAAUGCCACACAUAUGAGACUUCCCAAGACGGCAACAGAGGAGGAGGUUCUUCACAAAAUCACAGAGGUGAACGAGAACUCGUCCGUCCACGGCCUCAUCGUGCAGCUGCCCUUAGACUCGAUCCACAAGAUGGACACAGAGAAGGUCACCAACGCUGUGGCACCAGAGAAGGACGUAGAUGGGCUAACCUGCAUAAAUGCAGGGAAGCUGUCUCGCGGGGACCUGGGCGACUGUUUCAUCCCCUGCACACCGAAUGGCUGCAUGGAGUUGAUCAGACAAACUGGCGUGUCCGUGGCUGGGAAGAAGGCCGUAGUGAUUGGCCGCAGUAAGAUUGUUGGUGCGCCGAUGCAUGACCUGCUGCUGUGGAGCCACGCCACUGUCACCACAUGCCACUCAAAAACGGUUGAUCUCGCUGGAGAGGUGGGGAAGGCAGACAUCCUGGUCGUCGGCAUUGGGAAAGCGGAGAUGGUGAAGGGAGAGUGGAUCAAGAAGGGAGCAGUGGUCAUCGACUGUGGCAUCAACCACAUUCCAGAUGAGACCAAACCCAGUGGGAAGCGGGUGGUUGGUGACGUCCACUACGCCUCAGCCAAGGAGCAGGCGGGAUUCAUCACUCCUGUGCCUGGUGGUGUAGGACCCAUGACUGUGGCCAUGCUGAUGGCGAACACAGUGCAGGGUGCAAAGCGCUUCCUCGAGGGACAUCAACCAGGGAAGUGGAACAUUUCUCUCACCAAGCUCAACCUGCAAAUGCCGGUUCCAAGUGACAUUGUGAUCUCUCGCUCCUGCGUGCCCAAGCCCAUCGACGGUCUGGCGAAAGAGGUGGGCCUGCUCUCUGAUGAGGUGGAACUGUUUGGCAAGACGAAGGCCAAGGUCCAGCUGAGUAUCAUCAAACGCCUGCAGGCCCAGUCAGACGGCAAAUAUGUGGUGGUCACUGGCAUUACACCCACCCCUCUGGGCGAGGGAAAGAGCACCACCACCAUCGGCCUGGUGCAGGCCCUGGGAGCCCACAUGAACCUCAACGUGUUUGCAUGUGUGCGACAACCUUCCCAGGGACCCACCUUCGGCAUCAAAGGUGGUGCUGCAGGAGGUGGAUAUUCUCAAGUCAUUCCAAUGGAGGAGUUCAACCUUCAUCUCACUGGUGACAUCCACGCCAUCACAGCUGCCAACAACUUGGUGGCCGCUGCCAUUGAUGCUCGAAUCUUCCAUGAGUCCACACAAUCUGACAAGGCUCUGUACAACCGCUUGGUCCCGCUCAGUGGAGGACAGAGGAAGUUCUCCCCCAUCCAGAUCAACAGACUGAAAAGACUCGGCAUAGAGAAGACUGACCCCUCCACUCUGACUGAGGAGGAGAUCACCCGAUUUGCCCGCCUGGACAUUGACCCAAGCGCUGUCACCUGGCAGAGAGUGUUGGAUACCAAUGAUCGAUUCCUGAGGAAGAUCACUAUCGGCCAGGCGCCAACUGAAAAGGGAUACACGCGAGAGGCCCAGUUCGACAUCACAGUGGCUAGUGAGAUCAUGGCGGUGCUAGCCCUCACCAGCAGCCUGGUGGACAUGCGUCAGCGUCUGGCCAAGAUGGUCGUGGCCACCAGCCGCGGAGGCCAGCCCAUCACCACAGAGGACCUGGGAGUGAGUGGUGCUCUAACCGUGCUAAUGAAAGAUGCAAUAAAGCCAAACCUGAUGCAGACUUUGGAGGGAACCCCUGUGUUUGUCCAUGCGGGCCCCUUUGCCAACAUCGCCCAUGGCAACUCCUCCAUCCUGGCUGAUAAAAUAGCUUUGAAGCUGGUUGGACCUGAGGGCUUUGUAGUGACUGAGGCUGGUUUUGGUGCCGACAUCGGCAUGGAGAAGUUCUUCAACAUCAAGUGCCGCUACUCGGGCCUGAGGCCACACGUGGUGGUGUUGGUGGCGACCGUCCGAGCCCUGAAGAUGCACGGAGGAGGACCAACGGUCACUGCCGGGAUGCCACUGCCAAAGGAAUAUGUGGAGGAGAACCUGGAGCUUCUGGAGAAGGGCUGCAGCAACAUGAAGAAGCAGAUCGAGAAUGCACAGCACUUCGGUGUCCCUGUGGUGGUGGCUGUCAAUGCUUUCAAGACAGACACUGUGACUGAGCUGGACUUGGUCUGCAGCGUAGCCAAAGCCGCCGGAGCGUUCGACGCUGUGCGAUGCUCCCACUGGGCCGAGGGCGGAGCCGGGGCGGUGGCCCUGGGUCAGGCCGUCCAGAGGGCCUCCGAGGCCCCCAGCGACUUUAAGUUCCUUUAUGAUUUGGAGCUCCCUAUUGCUGAUAAGAUUCGAAUCAUUGCCCAGAAGAUCUACGGUGCUGAUGAUAUCGAGCUUCUCCCUGAGGCCCAACACAAGGUGGAGCUCUACACCAAACAGGGUUUCGGCAAUCUGCCAAUCUGCAUGGCAAAGACGCACUUGUCACUCUCUCAUGAGGCAGACAAGAAGGGCGUGCCAACAGGGUUCAUCGUGCCAAUCAGAGACAUCCGAGCCAGUGUGGGCGCUGGCUUCCUGUUCCCAUUGGUUGGCACGAUGCCCACGAUCCCGGGUCUUCCCACCAGGCCUUGUUUCUAUGACAUUGACCUGGACCCUGAGACUGAGCAGGUCAACGGGCUCUUCUAAAAACAGGACCGUACGAUGUGUACAGACAUGGCCCAACACCCCAACUUCCCCCACUGACCCUUAAUGAUAUGUACUUGACUAUUAACUGGAGGAGCCUCUUGCUUAUCUGCCGGUGCAUUUUCUUUGUGUUUCACUGACAUCUGUAAAAAAUUGAUUUGCUUAGCCCAGAGAGCUGCUGAUGGCUAAAUUUAAAAAAAUAUAUAACAGAACUGUUCAUUCCGCAGAGAUUUCCGAUCUGUGAUUGACGUUUUGCAAGAGGGAAGUGUCCAAUUGAAGUCUUUCAGUGACAUUACUCUCUGCACAGAAACAAGCCCCACUUGUAUUUUCACUCAAGAUCUUCUAAUAACUGAGUGGCAGAUCUGAAGUCUGGUGUUAACACUCAUAAUGUGUGUUUUGUAUGCACUACACCAGUGACAUCUCAAGUCCACUGUCUUUAACAAGUCUGAACGUGAAAAUGAUGGCACCAAACCGCAGUAUUUUAUAUUGUUUUUACAUUUAAUUUUGUGACUAAUUCCUGUGCAGUGUCUCAUGUUGCUUUGCCUUAAUCUUACCACAUAUUUCCAAUAGGCUACUGUCUUACCUGCUGUGAAAAAUAUACUGUCCUGAUGCUGUAAAGCACUGAUUUCCACCUUUCUGUCAGGAGAGAUCCAAUAAAGACUGCUUCAUGUAAA